ACUUACGUAAAAUGGAACCUCAGUUAUGGAGAUGUGUACGGGAGGGUCUAAGUCUGGACUAGGUCUUUGCAGGAUCUUGGCAUUUUUUUCAGAGAAUUGAAGAAGCUCCUGAAGAAGCAAAAACCUUUAUUUAGAAGCAACGCAACAGUACACACCAGAUUCCCUGAGAGUGAGCAGGUUUGUGGAGUUGGAGUUCUCAAGGACGGUUUCAACUGCACAAAAGAAUAAAAAGUUAACUCGGAAAAAAAAAUUUACACUAUCUAGGACAGAAGCCUAACAACCAGCGUGCGACGAACAGUGCCCGGAGGUUAAGAAAUGUUAUGAACAGAAGCAGUACAAAAAUGGCCUCAAGUUUUGCAAGAUGAUUCUUUCAAACCCAAAAUUUGCUGAACAUGGAGAGACUUUGGCUAUGAAGGGAUUAACGUUGAACUGUUUAGGAAAAAGAGAAGAAGCGUAUGAAUUUGUUCGUAAAGGACUUCGAAGUGAUGUCAAGAGUCAUGUCUGUUGGCAUGUAUACGGCCUCCUGCAACGUUCGGAUAAGAAGUAUGAUGAAGCUAUUAAGUGUUACAGAAAUGCCCUCAAAUUAGAUAAAGAUAAUUUGCAAAUCUUGAGGGAUCUCUCUCUAUUACAGAUUCAGAUGAGAGACCUUGAAGGUUAUCGAGAGACAAGAUACCAGCUUCUUCAGUUGCGCCCAACACAGCGUGCUUCCUGGAUUGGAUAUGCCAUUGCAUACCAUUUGCUGAAAGAUUAUGAUAUGGCGCUAAAACUACUAGAAGAAUUUAGACAGACACAGCAAGUUCCUCCCAACAAAAUAGAUUAUGAAUAUAGUGAACUGUUACUAUAUCAGAAUCAAGUGAUGAGAGAGGCAGAUUUAUUUCAAGAAUCUUUGGAACAUAUAGAAACAUAUGAGAAGCAGAUAUGCGAUAAACUUUUGGUGGAAGAAAUUAAGGGGGAAAUGCUGUUGAAAUUGGGAAGAUUGAAAGAAGCCAGUGACGUAUUCAAAAACUUGCUUGACCGGAAUGCAGAAAACUGGCAUUACUAUGAAGGCUUGGAAAAGGCAUUGCAACUCCGCUCUUCAGAUGAGAGGCUUCAGAUUUAUGAAGAAAUUAGUAAGCAGCACCCCAGAGCAGUUUCACCGAGAAGAUUGCCCUUGAAUUUUGUCCCAGGUAAAAAAUUUAGAGAACUCAUGGAUAAGUUCCUGAGACCAAACUUCAGCAAAGGAUGUCCACCCCUGUUCACUACUUUGAAAUCUUUGUAUUGUAAUAGAGAAAAGGUUUCAAUAAUCCAGGAACUUGUUACUAAUUAUGAAGCUUCUCUUAAAAUGAAUGGCUUUUUUAGCCCUUAUGAGAAUGGGGAAAAGGAACCUCCAACAACUCUACUCUGGGUCCAGUAUUUCCUGGCACAGCACUUUGAUAAACUUGGACAGUAUUUGCUGGCUUUGGAGUAUAUUAAUGCUGUGAUUGCUAGUACUCCAACUCUAAUAGAAUUAUUCUACAUAAAAGCAAAAAUAUACAAGCAUAUAGGUAAUCUCAAAGAAGCUGCAAAGUGGAUGGAUGAAGCACAGUCUUUGGACACAGCUGAUAGAUUCAUCAAUUCCAAAUGUGCAAAAUACAUGCUUCGAGCAAAUUUGAUAAAAGAAGCAGAGGAAAUGUGCUCCAAGUUCACAAGGGAAGGAACAUCUGCUGUGGAAAAUCUAAAUGAAAUGCAGUGUAUGUGGUUUGAGACAGAAUGUAUUUUGGCCUAUCAGCGCCUUGGGAGAUAUGGGGAUGCCUUGAAAAAAUGCCAUGAAGUGGAAAGGCAUUUUUUUGAGAUAACCGAUGAUCAAUUUGACUUCCAUACAUACUGCAUGAGAAAGAUGACCCUCCGUGCUUAUGUUGACCUCUUGAGAUUAGAAGAUACUCUCAGAAGACACACCUUUUAUUUCAAGGCUGCUAGAUCAGCAAUUGAAAUAUAUUUGAAAUUACAUGAUAACCCUUUAACCAGUGAAAGCAAGCAACAAGAUGUAAAUUCAGAAAUCCUGUCAGCCAAAGAACUGAAGAAAAUGCUUAGCAAGCAAAGAAGAGCCCAGAAAAAGGCUAAGUUAGAAGAAGAGAGAAAGCACACAGAAAGGGAACGUCAGCAGAAAAGCCAGAAGAAAAAAAGAGAGGAAGAAGACGAAGCCGCCAGUGGUCAUAAGGAAGAACUCACACCUGAAAAACUAGAACGGGUUGACAAUCCAUUAGAAGAGGCCAUCAAGUUUCUCACUCCUCUAAAGACCCUUGCUGCUGAUAACAUUUAUACCCACCUGCUAGCAUUUGAAAUUUAUUUUAGAAAAGGGAAGUUUCUACUAAUGUUGCAGUCUGUUAAACGAGCCUUUGCCAUCGACAGUAAUAAUGCGUGGUUACAUGAAUGCUUGAUUAAAUUUUCUAAAUCUGUAUCUAAUCAUAGUAAUCUUCCAGACAUUGUGAGCCAAGUUCUAGCUCAAGAAAUGAAGAAAAUAUUUGUCAACAAAGACUUACACAGCUUUAAUGAAGAUUUUCUCAAGCACAAUGCUACCUCUCUUGAGCAUCUACUUUCAGGUGCUAAAAUGAUGUAUUUUCUGGACAAGUCAAGGCAAGAGAAAGCAAUUGCUAUAGCCACUAGGUUGGAUGAAGCUAUACAGGAUAAAAAUGUGAAGAUGCUGAUGCGGGUUGCUGAGGCACUGCUGGACGGCAGCUUUGGGAACUGUAGUACCCAGUAUGAAGAGUACAGGAAGGCCUGCCAUAGCCUGCUUCCACUCACACCUGCCUUCCUGCCUGCUGUGACCGAAGCUGCCCUGAACCAAAUGGCUGACCACGAGCUCUUGCAGCGUGAACUUUGAAAUCCUGUGCAAAGUGCUCCUACAGAUUCAAAGCUGUGCUCACAUCAGGGUUUCUUUUCCAGUGUGCAUUUUAAUAUUGGCAUGAAAUGAAGUAAUAGAAGUGUUAAAUGGA